ACUGUCUCUCCUCUCUCUCUCUCUCUCUCAUGGGUUUUGAUCCAAAAAGAAUCCAUCUUUCGGUGGAAGCCCUCCCUCGAUUGAGUUCUCCCAUCGCAAGAAAACCCUAAUCGCCGCUUCCGGGGAACGAGAUGGAUUCUUGUGGAAGACGUUCGAGAUUUAGUGGGCGGUUUUCUGGAAUCUGAAUUGUCGGCAAGGACUAUCUGGUUGGCUGAUUAAUGAUGUGAAUUGGAAUAAUUCACGACAUGGAUCGAUCAGGGUCGAACUUUUGAUGCAAAAGACCGAAUUAGAUGCAAAAUCCUAGAGCGCUAAGGGGUAAUUAGAUGGAGUCUUUCAAUGUUAACACCCAUUUGCCUCCUCGGAAGCGCCUGCUAGCUGAACUCAAGAGGGAGGGUUCCGAUUUUGAUUUCCUGCCACCGGUUCCUUUUCUUUCUGGUGAUCUUGGUGCCCAGCUCCGUGAUUCUAUUAACUCUCCAAGGUCGAAUCCAGAAGAGAUCAUUGAGGUUGCGAAGUCGGUGGCUUCAGCUGCCGCUGAAGUUGCAGCGGCAGCUAAAAGGAUUGCAACCGAGAAAGCAGCUGCAGCUGCAAAGGCCAAGGCUUCUGCCAAGAGUGCACUACUGUUUCUGGAUUCAGUUUCGAGGAGGAGAAAAUCUGGAAAGGGUUGCAUGGCCAGAACCAGAGUGAGGAAGAAACAGAUGCCUGUUAAGCUCUUGUAUAAGACUCACCAUCGUCUGGGGAGCCAAGAAACAGAUGAAGAACUUGCCAGGAAAUUGCAUCAUGUCAUAAAUAGUUCAUCUAGAAUCUCAAAAAAUAAGCGAAGGAGCAUUCGAAAUGCUGUCUGCAAUGAGAAGUCAUCUGUUUUGCAUGAGAAGAGCAGUAGGAUAAGCAAAUGUUCCAUAGAUAAAUCAGAAGAGAAGAUUGUAGGCUGUUCCGAAGACAUUUUUGAGAGGGAGGAAGAAUCCAGUUACUGCACAGAGACACAAUAUAGCGGAUCUAAGGUUAUAAAAAAGCUGAUGGUUGGAAAGUGAGAAUUAAGAAAAAGAAGUUGCCUUUGAAUCAACAUCAUGUCCAAGAUCAAACAGAACUUAAAAAAUUGCCACCUUUUGCAAAUCGUCAUAAUUUUACCAGAGAAUCAAAGUUGGAAAAUGCAGAAAGUGAUGUCUUCAAAUGAUUUAAAACCUUCUGAUGAUGGUGGGAUGUCAAUGUAGAUUACAUCAGCAUGGAAAUGCAAGAAGAUCGAGUUGUCACAAAGCUUAUCUGAUUGCAAGAUGUUGCAUUCUUUAUGUUAAGAUCCUUCAGUAACCAUGACCUCUGGCAGUCAGUUGAUAGCUUGACACAGAUAAUUUUGGAGCUCGCAAUGGCAUUCUUGGCAUUUGGAGUCAACUGUAAGUUCCAUAUGCAUGUGACAUGAACAGGGAGUUAAACAGAUCCUCUGCAGAAUAGUUGUUUGUUUACAGUUUGUUCCAUGAGGUCUUUGCUUUAUAUUCGAUGUUCAGGAGUGGUUUUCUUAGGUUUGUUUUAGUGUCACUUGAUGUAUUUGCUACUUCUUACACCUUUGUGAUAUUUGUAUUUCUAAAUCAGAAUAAGUCUGUUUUUAGUUAUUAA